AAAACAGAAAAUAAAUAAAUGGGAAAAAUGAGUAUCUGUUCAGGGAAGCAAACACAGGUGGCGGGAUUCCUGCAUGCGAACUUCUUCCCUUAUGAGCGGCGAUCCGCCAGCCUCGCGUUUCUCUUUUCUCUCUCUUUCUUUCACGAGAAAGCGGAGACAACGAACCUCCUCCUCAUCAUUAAUUUUUCCCUUUCAAGUUUCCUUUCUUUUCUUUUCUUCUUCUUUUGCCUGCUCUUUACUCUCACAUUCAUUCGUAUUCUCACUUCUUCGCCAUUUCAAUUUGUUACAUUUUCAGCUUCAAUUUUUCGAAUUCCGGGGCCAUUCAAGUCGUGAUGGAGAGGAGGAAGUAUCCGAUUGGAGCGGAGCAUUACACGCUCUAUGAAGAGGUCGGUAAUGGCGUCAGCGCCGCGGUUCAUCGCGCUGUCUGUAUACCUUUCAAUGAGGUUGUUGCUAUCAAGAUUCUUGAUUUUGAACGUAACAACAGCGAUCUCAGUACCAUUUCACGUGAAGCACAGACAAUGGUCUUGGUUGACCAUCCUAAUGUGCUUAAAUCACACUGCUCCUUUGUUAGUGACCAUAAUCUUUGGGUUGUUAUGCCGUUUAUGUCUGGGGGAUCUUGUCUUCACAUACUGAAGGCUGCAUAUCCUGACGGAUUUGAGGAGGUGGUUAUAGCAACUAUACUUCGUGAGGUAUUGAAGGGUUUAGAAUAUCUUCAUCAUCAUGGACACAUACACCGAGAUGUCAAAGCUGGGAAUAUUCUCAUGGAUGCACGUGGUGGAGUCAAGCUUGGUGAUUUUGGUGUUUCUGCUUGCCUUUUUGAUUCUGGUGAUCGACAACGUAUGAGGAAUACUUUUGUGGGAACACCUUGCUGGAUGGCACCUGAGGUUAUGGAGCAGCUACAUGGUUAUGACUUUAAGGCUGAUAUCUGGUCAUUUGGUAUAACUGCAUUAGAGCUUGCCCAUGGCCAUGCUCCUUUCUCAAAAUAUCCUCCAAUGAAGGUAUUGCUUAUGACAUUGCAAAAUGCACCCCCUAGCCUUGAUUAUGAAAGAGAUAGGAAGUUCUCUAAGAUGAUUGCUAGUUGCUUGGUAAAAGAUCCUUCAAAAAGGCCUUCGGCAAAGAAGUUGUUAAAGCAUUCCUUUUUCAAGCAAGCGAGGUCAAAUGAUUAUAUAGCACGAACGCUUUUGGAAGGUUUGCCUGCUCUUGGUGAUCGUAUUAAGGCAUUGAAGAGAAAGGAAGAAGAUAUGCUUGCACAGAAGAAAAUGCCAGAUGGGCAAAAAGAGGAAAUAUCACAGAAUGAAUAUAAACGAGGGAUUAGUGGUUGGAACUUCAACCUUGAAGAUAUGAAGGCUCAGGCUUCCUUGAUCCAAGAUGAGGACAUGGUGUCUGAUAACAGUCAAGUAGAGGGCUCAAGUUUAUUGUCUAGCCUUGACAGCACGCAAGAGAAACAAUUAGAGAGCCAAGUUGCAGAUUUGGCCGACAAUGAUCUAGUGCAGAAUCUUCAUCAAUCAGGUGACUCAACAAUUAUCAUUACCAAAGUUAGAUAUGAAAAAUCAGAUGAUGAUUCCAGCAUAGCGAGUCCAUGUUUUGAGCAAUAUUCUAUGCCAGAUACCUCACCCAGCCUUGAUGAUUACAGUCAAAAAAAUCUGCAUGAAAAGCCUUCAUCAGAGGUCAAUGUAAAGAAUCAGGAGGGUACUGUUGUUCCUCCUUCCCAAAGAAAUGGGACUUCAUCAGUCAAAAUCACAGAAAGUAUUGUUUCUUCACUUAGCAAAGAGAGUGAUAAGUUACAAAAUCAGCAUCAAAACAAUUCAUACUGCAAUGGAACGGCAACAUCUACAGCGGGAGAGGUUUUACAUCAUGAAAUUCCCUCAAAAGGAUCUAAGUCAUCAGCAAACAGUGAUGAACUUGACGAGAAAGCAAAACCACCAGUUAUUCAGCAAAAGGGACGUUUUAAGGUUACAUCUGAGAAUGUGUGCUUGGAAAAGGUGGCACCAGCUCCUACAUUGCAAAAGAGUCACAGCAUGCAGGUAGGUACUGAGGUGCUUACCCAACAUCCUGCUUUAACUACUUUGUCCACACCAUCUGAUAUGCAAUCAAAUCUUUCUGGCAAUUCCCUUUUCAUGAUGUUGAAUUCUGUACUGCAGGCAAAUCUUCUUCAAAGGGAGAUUAUUUUAAGUCUAAUGAAGCAAAUCUCAGUUGGAGACUCGACAGCUAAUCGUAUAGUUGAUGGAGGCAGCACAUCAGCAAAUAUGGCUUCUGCUGAAAGAUCUUUGCUAGAAGCAUCUCAUGAUAAGGAGAAGGAGUUGCUUCAUGAAAUAACCGAGUUGCAAUGGAGGCUCAUAUGUGCCCAAGAUGAACUACAAAAACAUAAAACAGAAAAUGCUCAGGUAUAAUAUCAUUUCCAACUGGUGCUCAAAUGGAUGAAUAGAUGAAAUUAUUAAAAGUUAAACAAAACUAAAAAGGAAAGAAAAAGGUACAAUGUACAAAGAUGCAUUAGUAGCAUUAUACUAUUUCUCUGUAUCAUAUGUUUGUAUGAAGUUGUAGAUUUUAUUAAAUAGAAAUUUCCAACCGGAUGCAGAUUUGCGGAUGACAUCUAUAUUGUACAUGAUUUUUAUGUUUGCAUAGUUCAGCAUGUAAGUUUAUAAAUGUACUAAAUGUUUGAAAGGCUUAUUUUUGCUUGCCUUAGAAAAAAGUAUAGUGUUCUUUUCUCUCAUUCA